ACCUCUCUGAUCUGUCACUCCCGUCACAUAGUUGCACUUUGAUCCUUUUGACUUGAGGCAGGAAGUUAAACUUUCAGGCUAAGCUGUGAGGGUUGGUGGUGGAAAAUCAGUUUGAAAGAAGAGAAGAUGACAGCAGAACAGGGCUGACGCUGACAGGAACAUCUUUUCUUACAGGUCGGACUGGAGUGAUUCUCGCUAAUAAGAAAAGACGAACAUUUGUUUGAAAAUGUUUGGAAACACUGGACCUUUCUCUUAUGCCCCGAGGGGAUUUACACCAGAUGACCUCCCUCAGCAGAGACGAGCUUUCCAGCAAGAUGACUUUAAGGCUUCUCCAUUGCAGAGAAACAUGUCCAGGCCCAGCGGCAAAUCAAUUUAUUUGCAGAGAAAGGAGUACUCAGAGGAGCUGAACAGAAAACCUGACAACCUUCACGUCAGAGUGGAGCACCUGUUCACCUGCGAGCUGGACGGCAAGGAGGUGAUGACGGUGGACGGCUGCAUGGCCAAACUCAAGAGGCUGGAUGCCAAAGGCCGCAUAUGGUCCCAGGAGAUGAUCAUGGAGGUUCAGGGAGGAUAUCUGCUCCUCAGUGACAUCGAGACAAAAGCCGAACUGGAGGUGCUGCCUUUGAGCUCCAUCAUGCAAACCAAAGCUGUGCUGGACAGCUGCUCCUACAACUCUCUGCUCACGAUAACAGUGCAAGAGCGAAACAAACGCCUCUCUCAGGUCUACAUGUUCCAGUGCGACGAGACUGGGGCGGAGAUCAUCAAGAAUGACCUGGAUACGGCAGUCCGUAGAGGAGGUGUGGAGCCAGAUGUUAGAGAGCCGUAUAACAUCAGGAGUGAUCUUGAGAAUCUAGUUGGGCAACAUGCUCCAGGAAGUUUCCGGCAGGCUGGCCCUCGUCCUGUACAGCGAGAGAGGAGCCCACCUCCACCACCUGACCACCCACCCCCAAUGUGGAGAGAACCAGGGAAUGCCUUUGAAAAUACUCCAUCAAGUGUGAUUCAUACUGUGUCAACUUUCUCAAGUAGUACAGUCAUGUUGAUGAUUGUUUCUAAACUUUCUUGCCCUGUAGAAAUGUUGAUGCCUCCACAGGGCUUCAGCCCACCAGAACCACUACAUGAUUUCCAUGAUUUACAGAUUAGCCAAGAGGUCCCUUAUUCACCUGAGCAGACAGACGAAGAGAGGAACACGGACAUUUUAAAUCAUGUCAUAAGUGAUAUAGAGAUCUUUAUGGAAAAGGUUUCUGCUGUAUUAAAUGCACAAUCACAAGAGGACACGAGCAGGAAGAAAAAGAAGAAAAAAUCAAAGAAAAAUGUCAGUAUGCCAUCCUGGGAGGAAUACACAUCUUUUCUACAGAAAAUCAAAUAUGGAUUCAAUCUGCUGGGCCAGCUGGACGGGACACUGACCAGUCCCACUGCUCCUGAGUUUGUCCACAUCUUCUUUAACAGUUUAGGCAUGAUAGUUCCUCAGUAUCCUGAAGACCUGCCUCCCACUGUUCUGUCUCCCCUGCUGACGGUGUCGACCCUGCGUCUGCUAAGUCAGGUGGUCAGCCUGGAGGAGGACAACCUGUGGAGGUCUCUGGGAGACCCUUGGAACAUCCCGAGGUCUCGAUGGCCGGAUGAUGAUAUCCCAGUUUACAUCCCAGAGUUCUACGAUGGCUGGCAGCCGCCUCCCCCCUCACACAUGUCAUCUCGACUCCCUUAUCAGAACAGGAGCAACGACCAGCGCUUCUCACCUGACUCUCUCGUACGGGAAGAGCCCAUGUCCAACGGUCAAUGGAGCUCACCACCACCACCACCACAACCACACCCCACUGAGCCUCCUCUUUACAUGCGGGUCAUUUAUGACUUCAUGGCCAGAAGCAACCAAGAGCUGAGCAUCAUGAAGGGUGAGGUGGUGCAGGUGGUUCAGAAAUCAAAGCAAUGGUGGCUUGUUCGUAACUCCCAAAAUCAGGAGGGCAAUGUUCCUCAACAUGUUCUUGAGACGAUUAAAAGUGGUGGGCCCACAGAAGAUCUACAUCGGGACACUCGCAGUGCAUUGAGUCUGGACAUGACUUCCAGACCUGCACAGGUCAGAGCCUGGCUGGAAAACAAAGGUUUCUCCAAAAUCACUGUGAACAGCCUCGGGGUGCUGACUGGUAAGCUGCUUCUGGGGAUGACCAAAAAUGAGAUAAGGACAGUUUGUCCAGAGGAAGGAGGAAAGGUUUUCUUCCACCUUCAAGCUGUUAAGUCAGCCAUUGCACUCGCCAGUGAGCCAUCAGGCCCGUACAACGGUCAAUACUACUAAAAAACCUGCAGCACUCACUGCACCUUCAAUUUUGUUCUGAAAUUUUAACCACAAACUAUUGGUGUCUAAUUCUUUAAUGUCAGGAUUUAUCAUAAUUACUAUGUGGAUGGCUGCUUUAAGCAUCAUUUUAUUUAAGGGAAACAACUUUGUGAAUAAAACCUCUUUUUCUGGGGUUUGUACUAUUUAUCACCUCCAGCAAUGAUUGUAAGUUACACUGCAACUUAUUUGAAUCAUUAUUUACGCCUUGGUGUAUCAUGUGUAUUUAUCCCAGAUGUGAUUCAACUUAUCUCUUGUAAAUCAAUCUAGUACCAUAUUUGGUCUACAAUAAAAAACUAUUUGAUUCUCAUGCCUUCAUAAACAAA